AUGGAUGGUCAAAGAUUGGUGACCCUCCUGCAGGAGAGCCAGAUCCCGGACACACAGAGGGUCAAGGCUGUCACGGCAGAGCUCCAGAAGAACUACUACUCGAAGCCCGAGUCCCUCCUCCUCCUGGUCGAGAUUGUCUGCACCAACGAGGAUGUCAACCUCCGACAGCAGGCGGCCGUGCAGGCUGCGCGCCUCGUACCCAAGUACUGGGAGAAGAUACCCGCAGAGCAGAAGGCUGGCGUCCGGCAGCAUCUUGUCGAGGCCACUAUGAAGGAGCAGCACGCUAAGUGCAGACACUCUGAGUCUCGAGUGAUUGCCGCAAUUGCGAGCCUCGACCUCGACGACAGCGCAUGGCCCGACCUGAUUCCUUCUCUCUUCACCCUUGCCAGCAACAACGAUGUCUCCCACCGUGAGGUCGGCUCAUACAUCAUCUAUGCCAUUCUCGAUGAGAACCCCACACACUUUGCCGAGAAGGUCCGCGACCUGCUCUCUCUCUUCUCCAACACCAUCAAGGAUCCCCAGAGCGCUGAUGUGCGCGUUAACACCGUCAUGUCUAUCGGGGCCGUGUUGAUGCUCGUCGAGCCCGAAGAGGAUGAGGGCGCCGUCACUGCUGUCCAACAGCUCAUCUCUCCCAUGGUCAAUGUUCUCAAGGAUGCUGUGGAUAGCAAUGACGACGAGAAGACCAAGCAGUCAUUCGAAGUCUUCCAGCAAUUCCUUGCUUAUGAGCCUGUCCUGCUCGGCCCUCACCUUCGAGACCUCAUGACGUUUAUGGCUGAGCUGGCUGCCAACAAGAAUGCCGAAGAUGAGGUGCGGUGCCAGGCCCUCGCCUUCCUUGCGCAGGCUGUUCGCUACCGCCGAAUGAAGGUGCAGGGUAUGAAGGACAUGGGCUCCCAGCUGACCCUCAAGAGCAUGGGAAUCCUCACCGAGAUUGACGACGAUGAGGAUGAGGACGAGAUUACACCUGCUCGUGCUGCCCUUUCUCUCCUUGACCAGCUGGCAUCUGACCUGCCCCCUCGUCAGGUCAUCGUGCCUCUGCUUGAUGCUCUGCCCAAGUUCGCGUCAUCCGCAGAGCCUGGCUUCCGCAAGUCUGGUGUCCUCGCUCUAGGAACUGUGGCCGAAGGCGCCCCUGACUUCGUGUCCACCCAGCUCAAGAUGAUCAUGCCCAUCGUUCUGCGUCUCCUCAAUGACCCUGAUGCUGGAGUCCGCCACACUGCUCUCAUUGGUCUCACUCGCAUUGCUGAUGAGAUGGCUGAGGAACUGUCAGAGGACCGUGACGCCCUCGUCGAGGCGUUGCUUAAGAACAUCCAAGCCGCUAGCGUCGAGUCCUCCGAUGCCGCUGUUUCCAAGAAGAAUGUCGAGAUCAUGCGAUGCUCCUGCGCUGCUCUGGAUGCGUUGGCAUCUGGUUUCGACUCUGAUGUCAUGCAGAAGUACGGACCAGAACUGAUCAGCCCAAUCGGCAACCUCCUGGCUCACCCCGACUUCAAGGUCAAGGGUGCCGCUGCUGGUGCCCUCGGUGCCAUUGCUGGCGCUAUGGAGGAGCACUUCGCCCCUUACUUCGAGAACACAAUGGCCGCCCUCGGGCCAUUUGUUCAGAUCAAGGACAGUGAGGACGAGCUUGAGCUUCGAAGCGGGGUGUGCGAUGCCAUGGGCCGCAUUGCCACAGCCGUUGGCCCCCAGAAGUUCCAGCCGUAUGUCUUGGAGCUCAUGAAGGCGAGCGAGGAGGCAUUGAACCUUGGCAACCCGAGGCUGCGGGAGACAAGCUUCAUUCUAUGGAGCGCUCUCUCCAAGGUUUACGGCAAAGACUUUGCCCCCUUCAUUGCCGGCGUUUUCAAGGGUCUGUUCGACAGUCUGGAGCUUGAGGAGGAAGAGCUCGUCCUGAACCUGACUGAAGAGGAGAAGGCCAUCAUUGGCACCGAGGAUGGGAUUAUCCAAGGUGGCAAGAAGAUCAAGAUCCGAGAGCCCGAAGAGGGCGAGGAGCCCAUGGAAGAUGACGGAUUCGAGGACGAGGAUGACGACGACUGGGGAGACUACGGUGUUACCCCCGAGGCAAUGGAGAAGGAAGUUGCCAUUGAGGUCCUUGGAGACGUGGUCACCCACGCCUGUGGUCUCGCUGAGAUCUCGCAAUAUCUCGAGAAGGCGCUGGAGAACAUCACGCCGCUUGUUGAGCACAGCUAUGAAGGUUGUCGCAAGGCAGCCAUCAGCACACUGUGGCGAUCCUACGCGCGUGUUUUCGAGCUGUUCGAGGAGCAGACUGGCACCAAGUGGGAGGCCGGCUACCCUCCCAAGCAGGCCCCGUCGGAAACGCUGACUAAACUUGGCGAGAUUGUCGCUGCUGCCACAUUGAAGCUGUGGCCGGAUGAGACCGAUCGCAACGUCGUCACCGACAUCAACCGCAACGUGGCCGCGACUCUGAAAGCGUGCGGCCCUGCCAUUCUCGCCCAGGAAAAGAUGGUCGAGCAGAUCGUUACUGUUCUGACCACCCUGAUUACCCGCUCGCACCCCUGUCAGCAGGAUCUUGGCGAUGAGGAGGAGCAGGACGCUGAUGCUGGCUCUUCCGAGUACGACUGGCUCAUCAUCGACACUGCUCUCGACGUGGUCAUAGGACUGGCUGCUGCCAUGGGCGCUCAGUUUGGUGAGCUGUGGAAGAUCUUCGAGAAGCCCGUCAUGAAGUUCGCCUCCUCUCAAGAAGACCUUGAGCGGUCGACAUCGGUUGGUGUGAUUGCCGAGUGCGCGGCGCACAUGGGCGAGGCCGUGUCGCCCUACACGUCUACGAUCCUCAAGCUUCUGCUCAAGCGUCUCACCGACCCCGACCCUGAGACCAAGAGCAACGCUGCUUAUGCAACCGGCCAGCUCGUGUACCACUCCACGGACGCCGUCACCUACUUGCCGUACUACACGGACAUCCUCGCCAAGCUGGAGCCCAUGCUUUCCAUCGACCACGCGCGUCUCAAGGACAACGCGACGGGUUGCGUGUGCCGCAUGAUCAUCUCCCACCGUGACAAAGUGCCGAUUGCCGACGUGCUCCCUGUCCUUGUCGGCCUGCUGCCGUUGAAGGAGGACUUUGAGGAGAACACGCCUGUUUAUGAGUGCCUUUAUAAGCUUUACGAAGGCGACGAGCCCACUGUGCAGAGCCUGACACCCAAGCUCAUCGGCGUCUUCGAGAAGGUGCUGAGCCCGCCCGAGGAGCAGCUCCAGGACGAGACACGCCAGCUCGUGCAACGCAUCGUGCAGAGCCUGUACAAGGCCCAGCCGGGACUCUUCCAGGGCCACGAGCAGGUGUUGAAGAUUUCUGGUGCAGCGUAA